AUGGAGUCCGCCAUUCGCUGGUCACCGACCUCGACCGCCGCGGAGCAACGCUUUCUCUCCGUCGACGUCACAGGGAAAGCGUUUCGCCUAUGCAGAAUAACGGGGUUCGAUGGCAGAAAUAUACAACAUGAAGUCCUCUCUCAUCUCAAAGAUGUCCCUCUCUUCCGAGCAUUCGACUGGUCUAUAUCCAACGAGAACCUUAUCGCGGUGGGCCAGUCAUCCGGCGAAGCUACUAUUCUACGACUUGACGCCGACCAGAAGGAAUCGCUUUCCUUUCCAGUCCGAAACCAGCGCUAUUGUAACGCAGUAGCAUUCAGUGCACAUGGGCUUGUGGCAUCGGGUCUGGAUCGCGUGCGCAAUGACUUCUGCUUGAACAUCUGGGAUGUCAACCAGCGACUUGGUCCUACCGGCGCUACCAAGGGGUUUCACGAACCUUUGAGAAAGCUGGCUAGCUCCGAGCCUAUAACAAGUAUCAAAUUUUUCCGAGAUCAACCGGAUACACUAGUGACGGGAGUGAAGGGGCAAUUUGUUCGAAUAUAUGAUUUACGAGAGGGACCUGGGAAUCCAUCCCUACAAUUCCCGACUCGCUGUGUCCAUAAUUUAGCGAUUGACUGGCUUGACGAGAACUAUAUCGCUUCUUGCGUGGCAUCCAACGAGAGCACUGUCUGCGUCUGGGAUCGGCGCGUCGGAACUCGUUUGACAUCACCCUCUAUAGGCUCUUCUGCGACAAAUUCUGAGUCAAUUCAGAAUUCUUCUGUCCUGCAGCUCAAGAAUGUCUUCGACCCCAAGAGCUCGAUUUGGAGUUUGCGCUUCUCCAAAACUAACCGUGGAUCCUUGGGUGCAUUGUCCAGCACUGGCCAUUUGAAAACAUUCCAAAUCGCCAAAGAUCAUUUAUCAGAAGAAUAUCGCUCUUCCAUUGACGAGACACUCGGUCAAGGCUCUUUUAGAAACUACCCAGAGCCGGUCCAUACAAAACACAUACGAGAUGUCGCCACUCCAUUUGACCAUCCCAUUCGUGGGUAUGCAGAAAAGGACCGGGUGGUAGCCUUUGACUUUUUGAACCUCAGUAUCUCUUCACAACCUAGUGCUAUUGCUAUCGAUGGCAAUGGAAUCCCACAAAUCAUUACAGGACGACCGCCAUGUUCCCCUGUGGCUCUAUCAUCACAAGGGACAUUGGCCUGUGGUAUUGCCUCCCCUGAAUCAGAUCUCAGGUCUAUACGCCCUCUUUCUGAACAGAUCUCCCCAAUUUCUGAACUUGUUGGAAACAUCAGGUCACGCGUACUGUCUAGCUCUAAAAACACUAGAAUCGAUGAACCGAACUUGUUUGCUUCCGACGCAAUGACCUCUGAAUCUGUACCGAGUCGAGAAGGUCGGGAACGUGAAUUGUCUCUAGGUACAUUUGGGACUCUUCUCACUGCAAAGGAGGCUUUAACGCUCUCUACGCUGAGCCGGUUCCGGUGUAAGGAGGGGUAUCUAUUUGACGAAGCGCGAAAUCGACAAAUCGUAGCAGACGAUGCUGCUCUUCAAGAUCUUUGGGGCUGGAUUGAAAGAGCUCGAUCUGACUCGUCGGAGAUGGCUAUGGUGGUAAAUGGUUUAGACUUGAAUUAUCUUGGUGUGAGCAAUGUGUGGCAUAAUGAUCUCGGUUCGUCUCUUCCUCUUUUGCCAUUUACUUCACAACAACUAAUGAACGGUGUAGGUCAUGGUUUCGAAAAACGUCGCGUCGGCUCGAAGGGAGACGAUGCAAACCUUGCAGCCGAGGCAAUCAUUCAGCUAGCCGCACAAUUGAGUUUACCAGAGACUAGAGGCUGUGAGACUGCACAUCCUGAGCACCGCCGACUGUGCCUUCGCCUUUGUGGUGCAGCUCAAUCACACCAAGAACUGGAGGAUUUAGUGACGACCCUCUGUGCCGAGGGUCAACAUACCAAAGCCGCUGCAUUGGCCGUCUUCCAAGAUGAGCCAAAACUCGCAUACCUAGGACUUCGAGGCAAUGAACCCAAACAAGCCCAUAAAAUGCUAGCUAUGGCAAUUGCUGGUUCUGCGAAGGGAGACAACAGUGCAGAUUGGGAAGAGACCUGCGCCGAGAUCUCGAAGGAACUUACUGACCCGUAUGCACGCGCGAUUCUUGCUCUUGUAAGCAAAGGCGACUGGCAUGCAGUCAUCAAGGAGACUACACUUCCUUUAAAAUACCGCGUCGAGGUUGCAUUGCGCUGGCUCCCGGAUGACGAGCUGAGCGAAUACCUGAAAGAUGCCACCACAGAAGCAAUGCAAGCAGGUGACAUUGAGGGUGUGGUGCUAACUGGAUUAGGCCAUCUGGCCAUGGGCCUGUUUCAGUCAUAUAUCGACAAGUUUAACGAUAUUCAGACUCCUGUACUUGCCAUGAGCCAUACCGUACCCCGAAUCAUCAGCAAUGCCACCUAUAUUGCCAAGUUUGAAGCCUGGCGCGAGACCUAUCGCAGGCAAAUGAACUCUUGGAAACUCCAACUUGAAAGAGCCCGCUUCGACGUCGGCUCUCGUCAAUUCGCCGUUACUGUCGACGGGCGCAAACUCAUCCCUGCACCGCCACAACAGGUCAGUCUGACCUGCAACUACUGCACGCGUCCCCUCACGCAACACGACUCCUCUUCCCAAAUCUCUCCAUCCACUGCGAUGGAAACCGUCCAUCCAACUGUGGGCAAUCCUCUCGGCUCUGCAAGUAUGUCUGGAACAGUCUGUCCCCGUUGCGGUCGCCACAUGCCUCGUUGUGGUGUCUGCACACUGUGGCUUGGCUCUCCAGACCCACUAUCCCGCUCAGGUAUUGCUGCUGAUGCGGAAUCCAAUUCGCAUAAAGCCAGUGAGGCCGAGGUCAUGCGGCGAUUUGUGGUAUUUUGUAUUCAUUGUAAUCAUGGAUUCCAUGCGCAUCACGCACGCGACUGGUUUACGCGGCACAAGGUGUGUCCUGUGGCCGAAUGUAGCUGUAUCUGCGAUCGAUAA